CGGUCACACUAAUCCAAGAUGGUGGAAAGAUUUCUGCUGCGUCGCAUGAGUAAAACGUGAAAAACGAUCUUUUUGUUUCGAAAAAGUGCAUUUAAAAACAAGUGGCCUGCAGGAAAAACAUAAACAUUCGCCAGCGACCGUAUGCAAGUGAAUUGCCUGUAUUUAAUGAGCGCUACAAGGCAACUGUGUGUGCUACCACGACAAUAUAAUGAGCCAGGCACUCAAUGAAUCGGCGAAUAGUAUUGGCUCAGACGAACAAGAUGACACUCGGGAGACCAAUGGCACCGACCAUAGUGGCAGUGGCAGCGGUAGUGGCUCGUCCGGCUCCGAUUCAGACUCGGACAGCUCCUCGGGCAACUCCAGCGAUGGACGCAGUUCCCCGGAACCAGAGGACAAAUCAAUUUCGGUGGCAGGAUUUCCACCGACAGCCGCUGCUGCCCAGGCGGACAGCAAGACGAACGGGUUCACAGACGACCAGGAGGACAGCUCCAGUGACGGGUCGAGUGGCAGCGAUUCCGAUUCGGAUGCCGAGGGCCCAUCCGAGCAAAGGGACCACAACCAGAGCAACAACAAUGCCAACACAAGCAGCAGCAGCUUGUCUAAGCCGGAGCAGAAUGAGGAGGAGGAGGACAAUGAGACUGAGGCUGGUCAGCAGCAGCCAGCCAGCGACGCCUCUGCCGAUGAAGCAAGUGAUAGUUCUGCCAAUGUCUCGCCCACAUCCUCCAGCAGCAGCAGUGAGGAGGAAGAGGAGGACUACAGACCCAAACGGACGCGCCAGGCGCGCAAACCACCGACUGCUGCAGAGAAAUCAAAGAAAGCUCCAGUUCCCAAGAACAAAAAGAAAACCUGGGACUCGGACGAAAGCGAUGAGAGCGACGACAGUGAUGAGGAUGUGUCCACCGCCCAGAAACGCAAAGCUGCAGCCACUACCUCUAGAAGCAAACCCGCACAGCAACAGCAGCGACGCAGGGUAAAGUCUUUCAGUUCCGAGGACAGCGAUGAUGACGAUGCCAGCAAACGCUGUGCCACCCGCCGCACGGCCGCCGCAGUUAGCUACAAGGAGGCCUCCGAGGAUGAGGCUACUGACUCUGAGGAUCUGCUGGAGUUCGAGUACGAUGAGAGCCAGGCAGCAACCACAGCCGCCGCAGCCGAGGAGGAGGAGAAGUGCGAGACCAUUGAGCGCAUCCUGGCCCAGCGUGCUGGCAAGAAGGGAUGCACAGGCAACCAGACAACGAUCUAUGCUAUCGAGGAAAACGGUUUCGAUCCAAAUGCUGGAUUCGAUGAGAAGCAGUGUCCAGAUGCAGAGGCCGAGACGCAGUUCCUGAUUAAGUGGAAGGGCUGGUCGUACAUCCACAACACCUGGGAAUCGGAGGCUACCCUGCGCGAAAUGAAAGCCAAGGGCAUGAAGAAGCUGGAUAACUUCAUUAAGAAAGAACAGGAGCAGGCCUAUUGGCGGCGCUACGCCGGUCCAGAGGACAUCGACUACUUCGAGUGCCAGCUGGAACUGCAGCACGAGCUGCUAAAGUCAUACAACAACGUAGACCGCAUCAUAGCCAAGGGCUCUAAGCCGGAUGACGGCACCGAGGAGUAUCUGUGCAAGUGGAUGUCGCUUCCGUACGCGGAUUCCACAUGGGAGGACGCAAACCUGGUGCUUCGCAAAUGGCAACGCUGUGCGGAGCAGUUUAACGAACGCGAGUCCUCCAAGUGCACUCCCUCUCGCCACUGCAGAGUGCUCAAAUAUCGCCCGAAGUUCUCCAGAGUUAAGAAUCAGCCGGAGUUCCUCUCGGCGGGCCUGGUUCUCAGAGAUUACCAAAUGGACGGUUUAAAUUGGCUGCUCCACUCGUGGUGCAAGGAGAACUCGGUUAUCCUGGCCGACGAGAUGGGCCUUGGCAAGACUAUCCAGACCAUUUGCUUCCUGUACUCUCUGUUCAAGCUGCAUCACCUGUACGGGCCGUUCCUGUGCGUGGUGCCACUUAGCACGAUGACGGCAUGGCAGCGAGAGUUUGACUUGUGGGCGCCGGACAUGAAUGUGGUCACGUACCUCGGAGACAUUAAGUCGCGCGAGCUUAUCCAGCAGUACGAGUGGCAGUUUGAGGGCUCCAAGCGGCUCAAAUUCAAUUGUAUUCUCACAACGUACGAGAUUGUGCUGAAGGACAAGCAGUUCCUGGGCACGCUUCAGUGGGCUGCGCUGCUGGUUGACGAGGCGCAUCGUCUCAAGAACGACGACUCGCUGCUUUACAAGUCGCUAAAGGAGUUCGACACCAACCAUCGUUUGCUUAUCACUGGCACCCCGCUGCAGAACUCGUUGAAAGAGCUAUGGGCUUUGCUGCAUUUCAUCAUGCCGGACAAGUUUGACACGUGGGAAAAUUUUGAGGUGCAGCAUGGCAAUGCCGAGGACAAGGGCUACACUCGGUUGCAUCAGCAGCUGGAGCCGUAUAUUCUGCGGAGGGUGAAAAAGGACGUGGAGAAGUCGCUGCCAGCCAAAGUCGAGCAGAUCCUGCGAGUCGAGAUGACCUCGCUGCAGAAGCAGUACUACAAGUGGAUUCUCACCAAGAACUUUGAUGCGCUGCGGAAGGGCAAACGCGGCAGCACCUCCACCUUCCUCAACAUAGUCAUCGAGCUGAAGAAGUGUUGCAACCACGCGGCCCUCAUACGACCCUCGGAGUUCGAACUUAUGGGUCUGCAGCAGGAUGAGGCGUUGCAAACUCUGCUCAAGGGAUCCGGCAAACUCGUUCUGCUCGAUAAACUUCUCUGUCGCCUAAAGGAGACGGGGCACCGUGUGCUGAUUUUCUCCCAGAUGGUGCGCAUGCUGGAUGUCCUGGCUGACUACCUGCAGAAGCGUCACUUCCCUUUCCAGCGACUCGACGGUAGCAUUAAGGGUGAAAUGAGGCGGCAGGCCUUGGACCAUUUCAAUGCCGAGGGCAGUCAGGACUUCUGCUUCCUGCUCUCGACAAGAGCCGGCGGUUUGGGCAUAAACCUCGCCACAGCCGAUACGGUCAUUAUAUUCGAUUCCGAUUGGAAUCCUCAGAAUGAUCUACAGGCGCAGGCGAGAGCCCAUCGUAUCGGGCAGAAGAACCAGGUCAAUAUCUAUCGCCUGGUCACCGCCCGAUCCGUGGAGGAGCAGAUCGUAGAGCGAGCCAAGCAGAAGAUGGUGCUUGACCACCUGGUCAUUCAGCGGAUGGACACCACAGGUCGCACUGUUCUGGACAAGAGCGGCAACGGACACUCGUCCAACUCGAAUCCGUUCAACAAGGACGAUCUAUCUGCUAUUCUGAAGUUUGGAGCCGAGGAGUUGUUUAAGGACGAGCAGGAGCAUGACGAUGACCUGGUCUGUGACAUCGACGAAAUUCUACGCAGGGCAGAGACCCGCAACGAGGACCCCGAAAUGCCGGCAGAUGACUUGCUAUCCGCCUUUAAGGUGGCCAGCAUAGCGGCCUUCGAGGAGGAGCCCAGCGAGUCGGCUAACAAGCAUGACAAUGAUGCCGCAGGCGAUGAGGACGACAGCAAGGACUGGGACGACAUCAUUCCGGAGGGCUUCCGCAAGGCAAUUGACGAUCAGGCGCGAGCCAAGGAGAUGGAAGAUCUAUACUUGCCACCUCGAAGGAAGACGGCGCCCGCUAACCAAAAUGACGGGAAGCGUGGAGCCGGUAAGGGGGCCAAGGCGAAACAACAGGCAGACGAAUCCGGCGGCGACUCGGACUACGAGCUGGGCUCCGAAGGCAGUGGGGACGAUGGCCGACCUCGCAAGCGUGGACGCCCCACCAUGAAGGAGAAGAUAACCGGGUUCACGGAUGCCGAGUUGCGUCGCUUCAUCCGCAGUUACAAGAAGUUUCCUGCUCCACUUCACCGCUUGGAGGCCAUCGCAUGUGAUGCCGAGCUGCAAGAAAAGCCGCUGGCGGAACUGAAGCGCCUCGGAGAGAUGCUGCAUGACCGUUGCGUUCAGUUCCUGCACGAGCACAAGGAGGAAGAGCAUAAGACUGCGACGGCGGAUGAGACGCCGGGCGCCAAGCAGCGCCGUGCACGCGCCACCUUUUCCGUGAAGCUGGGUGGCGUCUCUUUUAAUGCCAAAAAAUUACUGGCCUGCGAGCAAGAGCUGCAGCCGCUCAACGAGAUCAUGCCUAGCGUGGCCGAAGAGCGCCAGCAAUGGAGCUUCAAUAUCAAGACCCGUGCCCCGGUAUUCGACGUGGAGUGGGGCAACGAGGAGGACACCAAGCUCCUCUGCGGCAUUUACCAGUACGGCAUUGGAUCCUGGGAGCAGAUGAAGCUGGAUCCCACGCUCAAACUCACGGACAAGAUUCUGUUGAACGACACGCGCAAGCCGCAGGCUAAACAGCUGCAGACGCGUGCCGAGUACCUGCUCAAGAUCAUAAAGAAGAACGUGGAGCUAACCAAGGGUGGCCAACGACGGCAACGUCGCCCCAGAGCAUCACGAGCAAACGAUGCCAAGGCGGCCAGCCAGUCAGCUAGUUCCAAUAUCGAUAGUAAGUCCCACGACGCCGAGGAUGCUGGCGUCGAUGGACGAGCCGUAGGCGAAAGCAGUACCAGUCAGGUGGAUCCAUCUACCGCAUCGCCGCACAAUGCCUCGGCCGCUGAGCAGUCCAGUGGCAAUGCAAAGAAAACCAAAAAGUCCAAAGCCAGGUCGAAAAAGACCAGCGCCUCGGACAACAACGGCAACAAGCCGAUGCACUUUACGGCCAACAACGAGCCCAGGGCCUUGGAGGUGCUUGGCGACCUGGAUCCCAGCAUAUUCAAUGAGUGCAAGGAAAAGAUGCGCCCAGUGAAGAAGGCCCUCAAGGCUUUGGACCAGCCGGAUGUAAGUCUGUCCGACCAGGAUCAGCUGCAGCACACCAGGGAUUGCCUGCUUCAAAUCGGCAAACAGAUCGAUGUUUGUCUUAGUCCUUACAGCGAGCCAGAAAAGAAGGAAUGGCGCAGCAACCUUUGGUACUUUGUGUCCAAGUUCACUGAGCUGGACGCCAAACGUCUCUUCAAAAUUUACAAGCAUGCACUGAAACAGAAGACAGGCGGCGGUGGCGAGGCAAAGGGAAAAGGGAAGGAGGCGUCAGGAAGUCCAACCAAGUCCAAGCGCAAUGGCCUGUCGGCUGAGGACAAGGAAAAAGAGCGUGAUAAGAGUGGGGGCAAGAAAAAGAAGAAGGACAAGGACAAGGAACGCACUGGCCAGUCGCGGUAUCCGGAAGCGGGUACACCCUCUUCCGGUCGUUUUAACGACUCGCCUCUUAAGCGCAAGCGGGAUGAGAAUGAUGCUGACGCCAGCAGUGGAAUCGCAGGAACUCCCGGCGGAGGAAUCGGUGAUCACCUCAAGUCGAUGUCCUUUAAGCGUCUCAACAUGGAUCGCCACGAGGAGCGCAAGAAGCAUCAUCGAGGAGGCGACUACUACGGUGGCCCACCUAUGGGAUACGAAGGUGGCGGCAGCAGUAGUGCCCGCCGGCAGGGCCCCACCUCCCCCUCCACGCCGAACAGUCGUGGAGGACGGGGUGGCUACGAUCCACCGCCUGCUCCAUCCGGCUACACCCCGGAAAUGGAGCGGUGGCAAUCCCGCGAAAGAUAUAGCCAGGAAUACAAGCGAGAUCGCUACGAUGGGUAUCCACGCAGUGGAGGAGCUCAAGGCAGCUAUCAUCGCGAACGCGAACGUCGUCCAGACAAGCGCAGAUAUCCCUCUGCUCUGCCGCCGCAUGGUUACCCAAGCCACUACCUGCCGCCCAACUACUAUGGAAUGCCGAAUGGGGUCGUUCCCAGCCUGCCGCCACCGCCGUCCGGCUACCGCGAUCCCCGCGGCUACCCGGUUAUGCCGCGAGACUAUCCUGCCGACUACAGACGCAGCGACUACGAGCGGCGCACACAGACCUGAGCAGUUGGCUCUCGAACCCGACUGUCGUCUAUUGUACAUAAAACGCCUAGACUUAAGCCCGGCUGGGAGGGUCAACUCCUGUCCAGCCUCUCGACACAAGAAACCCAACACCUGCAUACAAUACGUUAAGCGUAGCUCCAUACACACCUGUACAAGUAAUACCUAGCAGCUAACUCUACAUAUACUUCUACAAAUAAUUUCACAUCUAAUCGCACAGAGGGCAUAGAGCACUGCAUCAUCAUCAUCCAGGGUUUAGCGGCAAUACCUGCAACCUAAUCUUAGACUUUCUGUGUAUAAAUCAUAGGCUUUAAACCGUUCAUCAUUACGAAACAUUAUUUUUAUACUAUUCAAAUUGUACAGAAGGUGCAGCGGGUUAUAUGAAUGUGUGCUGUGUGCUAUGUGGUAUGUGGCCCAUGAUGCGAACAAGUCGUUUAAAAGCUUUUAAA